AUGCAGAUUGUUUCUGUGAAUCCAAACUUCCAAUACAGACAUCCUCAAAAUAUUUCUGAUGAAUUCAUUUAUUUCCGUCCUAUUAAUGCGGAAAUUCAGGAAAGGGACAGAAAACAAAACGAACAGAAUCCAACUUUGGCCUCCCAGCAACCCAAUCGUGAAGGUAUCCAUCAGAGGGACUUGGGGCUUACAAGUCAUGUAAAGGCUACCACCCCACCACUAACUAAGGAGUUAGAAAGCAUUGCCCUUGUAAGACCAAAAACUUCAGGUCUUCUUCGCAUAGAGAAAGUACCAAUUUCUCUAUGGUUCCCAGAAUUACAACGCUUAGACGUUACAGGAAUUGUCAAUCCCAAGGAAAGGGGGAAAGGCACUGCAAUACUUGUUGCAGGUGUGCCUGGAAAGGAGGAUCUAGAUGAUACAGAAGUUCCAACUUUGCACUUCACUGGGUUUGUACACCUGGAGGUUUUACUAAAUAAAUCUUCACCAUCCUCAGAAUACAGUCGCCCAGGAACCCCAAGAAAUCUGUGGAUGGAAUCUCCAGAAAAUUCAGAGUCCCCAGGAAGUGAUGAUAUGGAAGUAGCAAGAAGCAUGUAUCCUUUUAGAGAAAGAUUCAUCUAUCGGCGUUCCUGGGCAGAGCUCUUAGAGGCACCACUAAACAGUGAGGGGCUCCAUAUUCUCCAAACUAUUCCCAAGGAAGAAAACCAAGAUAUGGAUUGCAACAAACUAACAUCAGAAGAAGAGAAUCAAGUGACCAUCCAUACUAAGGAUCAACAUGUCCAAGCUUUGCAAAGCCCUUUCCCCUUGUUGCCAGGGAGUCCUAAGCUCCAGCAGCAGCGCAGUCAAAGCUUACCAAGAUACAGUGAAGCCAGAGGCCAAUAUUUAAAUGCACCUGAAUUCAAAUUAAAUGAAGAAGAAACUCACUUCUUUCCACUUGACCAUAAUUUAAUAACAGAAGAAAAUAUCGAGGAAAGAUACAACAUGGAGGAAGCCUGGCAAAGAGAAAUUCCAUCACAUUCUGGAGAACAUCUUCCCAUCAAGCCAAGAUUUGAAAAUUCUACAAUUGAAGGAAACAAUGGAAUUCCUGAGGAUACUUCUGCAUGCUCCAGAGGCAAUGUUAGAAUCCCUAAGAAUGAUGUCAAUACUAUCCCCAUGGUUAAUGUUGGAAUGCCCAUAGAUAAUCCUCAAGUUCUUAGAGACAAUGCUGGAGUUCCCGGGGUCAGUGGUUUUAGUGUUUACAUGGGUAAUAGUGAUAGAACCUCCAGACGUAUGGUAUGUUCUCCACUCACUGAGCUCUCAAAGAUAGGUGAAUACCAGUUAUAAAAAAUGAUACUUUACAAUGCUGUCCAUUGAAGAAACAAACUAAGACACUUAACAUCAACACAGACAUGUACAAACUUGACAACUCAAAAUACUAAAUGGCAUAUCUAAAUUAUGAAUACAAAAUGAACAUAAUUACUAAACUUGUGAUAAUUAUUUAUUAGAUUGGAUAAAAC